AUGGCCUUCCCACAGAAGCUGCUCAUCACUAUGCCUGCAGGAGGAGGUUGCCUCGGGGGCACGCUGUGGGCUUUCAUCUUCUUGGGUGUUCUGGCUGGCAUGCUGGUACCCUGGCCGCUGGUGGGUGGCCUGGCCAACCCUGUGCUCCUGGAAAGGGGCUGGGGGACACUGCUGGGGUCCCAGCCCCAAGCUGGACUGCCUGGUGGGCUAUCCCGCAGUAACUGGGAGAGUGGCUAUUUGCUGGGGAUCAAGAGGCAGAGGAGACUGUAUUGCAACGUGGGCAUUGGCUUUCACCUCCAGGUGCCCCCAGAUGGCAGGAUCAGUGGGACCCACGAGGAGAAUCCCUACAGUCUUUUGGAAAUUUCAACAGUGGACCGAGGUGUAGUGAGUCUGUUUGGGGUAAGGAGCGCUCUUUUUGUGGCCAUGAACAGUAAAGGAAGACUAUACGGGACGCCCAGUUUCCAAGACGAGUGCAAAUUCCGAGAAACCCUCCUGCCCAACAACUACAAUGCCUAUGAAUCAGACCUGUACCGAGGGACCUACAUCGCUCUGAGCAAGCACGGACGAAUAAAGCGUGGCAAUAAGGUGUCCCCGGCCAUGACUGUCACUCAUUUCCUGCCCCGGAUAUGA